CAGGAUCCAUGAGAAUGCAGGGCCCAGGCUGGUGGUGCAGGGAUCCGGUAUUCGGUGGGAGUGAUGGAGAUCAUCAGGGUUCUUGCAGAGUGGGAAGAGAGGGACUGCAGGAGGAAGAUGAGAGAAAGGGGACAUAUCAUUUAUCCUCCUAAAGAAAGAAGUUUGGGGUUCACAAUCAGGGAAAAUACAUCCUUGAGGGCAGUGCUGCCGGCCAAGGUGAGGCAGCAGUUGUGAUAGGAACAGUCUGCACUAGGACAGGACACUUGAAGUUAAGGAUCCCAUUAGGCCUCAGUGGCCUUGUGCUAGUCAUUUAAGCUCUGUAGAUCUUGACUGACUUCAUUUGUUAAAUGACAUUAAGUACCUUACAUUUGUGGGACAGGGAAAUGGAUUUCUUGAGUUGUGUUUCAUUUUUUGAAACUGACGAGUUGCUGGUUGUUGCUUUACUGUUUCCUUCUUCCUGGGACUGACUUAUCUGGUAACUUGCCAUCCACGAACCAUAUCCCAAGUACCAAUCCUGGAUGUCUGACAUCUGGCAGGUUCCUCUGCCCAACCAUGUCAGCGAUGCAUUGUCUUCCUUGUAGCUCCCACCCUCUUCUGAUCUUCUCUCAGUACUGGGAAACAAAGUUUUCACUCACCGUGCCAAUUUGUUUCCAUGAAUUAGAAGGGGAUCAUGUUGGCAAGAAGACGAGUAUGGUGUUGGCUGGCGGAUCAGAUGGGUUGGGUUGGCAGUGCCAGGGCUUGUGGAAGGAGACUUGCAGACCCAUCGAGGUGAUGUGAGGUGGGAGGGUAAUAGUCACUGUAUGUUCAGGCAGCCAAAUCUGAUACCAGAGUCUGAGGAGGGAAUAGAGGGCCUAACCAGAGGCUGAAGCUUUCUGGGAAAGUAAUUUGGGGCCAUUAGGGAGGGGAAGGGGUGGCUACUGAAAAAACAUGAGGUUUGGUUGGCAGACGCUGUUACCGAUUGUCUUGGAGGUAUAAUGGAAAGCAGCUAAAAGUGCUCCCCAGUGGCAAUUUGAUGGCAGAAGCAGUUCUCCCGGGAGACCCAUCAGGAAGCAGGAGGUGUAGACUUCCCCGGAGGCACUGACCUCCCUCUGCGGGACAUUCUGGAGCACAGGAAGCACAGCCCCUUUGGGCCCAGAUGGGGCAGGACGAGUGGGCUCCUCAGGGCAAACCAUGUCUGUUCAGUUAUGUGGGCUUGCGGUUUGGGGCCGAGUGAGCACAUGCGGGGAACAGGUGGAUUAACUGGGGCAGUGAAGGACAUUUCACAGGUCCUGAAAUUCCACCUGAGUGGGUAUCUGGACAGACUGAAGCAACUUGUCCACUUGUACGUAUAACAGUAAAAGACUGAACAUAUUUACAGCAUCAGAGAUUUUGCUCUAGGGAGAUUAGUGCCAGACUUUGCAGGGUUUUUGAAAUGAUUUUUAUCAUGUUUUAUAACAGUAAGUUUUAUGUCCUAAUAGAAGCUCUUUUGGUAGUGAGAGAAGUUCCAGAUUUUUGUUUGUAGGAAUAGUCACUUAAUGGUUUUGACAUCCAUCUCUGUCACCUUGUCACAUUUGCCAUCUGUAAUAGGACCCCUUUCUCAUAUUGUUCCUGUGCCCCACACUGUGGCCCUGAGCCAGAAGUUUGACUCUGGGACAGUAGGAACCCUUGUUUUAGGAGGUGGUGAUCUUCGAGGAUGUGGCUGUGUACUUCACCCGGAGAGAAUGGGCUUGCCUUUUACCUGCACAGAGGGCCCUUUACAGAUGUGUGAUGCUGGAGAAUUAUGGGAACUUGACAUCCCUGGGAUAUCAAGUUCCCAAACCCGCCCUGAUCUCACAUCUGGAGGGAGGGGAUUUGCCUUGGGGCCUGGAGGCACAGGACUGUCCACCUGCAGAGAGAACCAAAGGUGUCUGUAAAGAUGCUGAGAUCACAUCAACACAGGGAAUUUCUGAAGAAAGAGAUGUGAUGUUGUCACAUGGUCUGCAGAAGCUUGUUCCUCAGAGGACCAACUUCCUGGAAACAUGUAAACUGGAGAAGCGCCAGGAAAUCCCCACAGUGAAAAAUAUUAGAGGAAAGGUCCCAAGAAUCCAAUAUGAUAGCAAACUCUUUAGGUGUGAGGAAUGUGGGAAAUGCUUCAGCUAUUUUUCUUACUAUGUUAGACACAGGAGAAUCCACACUUGGGAGAAACCCUUUGAGUGUAGACAAUGUGGAAAAGCCUUUAAUCGCAAUUCUUCAUUAAUUCGGCAUCAGAGAAUCCACACUGGAGAGAAACCCUAUCAGUGUGAGGAGUGUGGGAGAGCCUUUAAUGAUAAUGCAAAUCUGAUCAGGCAUCAGAGAAUUCACAGUGGGGAUAGACCCUAUCUUUGCAAGGAGUGUGGAAAUAGUUUCACCAGCAGUUCUGAAUUUGUUUUACAUCAGAGAAUCCACACUGGAGAGAAACCUUAUGAGUGUAACGAGUGUGGAAAGGCUUUUGUUGGUAGUUCCCCACUACUUCGACAUCAGAAAAUCCACACUGGAGGGAAACCCUAUGAAAGUAACGAGUGUGGCAAAAGCUUCGGAAGGAUCUCCCGUCUUAGCCAACGUCAGCGUAUUCAUACAGGGGAAAAGCCUUAUUCUUGUAACGUAUGUGGACAAGCCUUCAAUUUUCAUACAAAACUAACUCGACACCAGAGAGUCCACAGUGAGGAGAAACCUUUUCACUGUGUAGAUUGUGGGAAAGCCUUUAGUGCUCAGGAACAAUUUAAAAAGGAUCUAAGGACCCAUAUUCAGGAGACUUCCUAUGUAUGCGAUGAAUGUGGGAAAGUCUUCACCAGCAAAAGAACCCUUCUUCAGCAUCAAAGACUCCAUACUGGAGAGAAACCCUAUGAAUGUUUCAAGUGUGAAAAAACCUUUAGGAUGUCUUCCCAGCUAGUUCAUCAUGAGCACACCCACCCCGGAGAGAAACCUGUGCUGGAUAUUUGUCACUUUGGCCUCCCAGAAUUUUUUACCCCUUUUUACUGGUAGUACAUGAAAUGUCCUUUUGGAUUCCAUCUUCCAUUCAGGAAUGGAAUGUGUGACACAGGCCUGGCUGAGAUGCAUAUUCCCCCCACUAAGCCAUAGUUGAUGGCUCAGAGUCAGGUUACCCAGGAUGAUCCAGUUAGUCCCAGGACUUGGCCAGAGUUACUGGAGAAAUACUCUUCCUUUUUAUGUAGUCUUAAAGCUGAGAGGAUUUCCUGGAUUCUUAGGGAAGCUGAGGAUAAAGUCAACACAGCAAAAGAGAAAUCAGACUUGGAGAGCAGCCUUGAAGUCUGCAACCUUGAAGACUCUCUGAACAACUUCAUGAAACCGUAUGUGAAGGUAGAAAUACAUCUGGGUUUUUGAAUUCCAGUAACGAAUAAACUCCACUUUUGUUUCACUCAAGCAAGUUUGAGUCAGGUUUUUAGAACAGAGCCUUAUCAGUGUAACAAUUAUUUUAAGUCUCCAGGGAAAACAAACGUGAUGGAGGAGAAAUGUUUUGUGAAUAUGAUGUGUGGGAAAAUCUUUAGCUAUAGUCCUAGCAGUCCCUGUGAUUGUAACAAAAUUGGGGAGCCCAUUGUAGAUCAAGCUGCAUCAGUACACCACCAAUGGAUGGAAGUUCUGACAACUUAAGCUCUGAGAAAAAUUUCAGUGUUACUAUAAAACUAUGUCUGCAUUGUAUCCAUUCUCAAGAAACAACUAUAAAAACAAAAGCCAGCAUUCUUAAAACUCAUUUUGUUUGCUCAGGUUUUAUUUGGGAUGACUGCUGUUCUAGAGCAUGCCCACCCUGCCCUUUGAUCUGGUUAGUGGGCCAAAGAAGUGCUCCGGUUCUCCUAAGAGGUAGUGCUGAGAUGUCUUGAAAAGCUGGCCCUUUUUUUUUUUUUUGGAUAAUGAAUGCAAUCUGCACCCUCUUUUCUCCCAUGUGCCCUUCUGCUGCCAACCAGUGUAGCAGUCGCUACCUGACUCUGAACUUUACCUGCUCCCUGAAGUCUAGCAUCUGGGUGGCUUCACCAUCUCUUCCUUACUUGCCAACAGUUGGAGGAGCGGUUUUAUCUAGUGCUUGGACUGACCAAAGUAAACUUAGAACUAUUGAAGUAUAAUAUACACAGAAAAAAUACA